AUGUGGGCGAGGAUCACUGAAUGGAGUCGGAAAAAGAAGAAGAGAAGCGAGAAAUUGGGAAUGCGGGCACAAAACAAAGUGCCCAUUCUCUUGCAUCUAGAUGCAUGGUUUAUCGACUACUAUCGUCCGGUCAUGGCGAACCAAACAUGCGAGCCUUGGGCAGAAAGACUUCACAUCAUCGCUGAAUUCCCAUUUGGCAUGGAUUUGUUGUUAAUGUUAUCCAUAAGAGUUGCCUUACCCAGCAGCGGUGAUACCCAGACAUACCUGAUCCAUACGCAGUAUCCGCAUCCCGGCUUCGGGAAUCUUGCGUCGAUGGCUGGCAAUUUUGUUUCCCUUUUGCCCAUUGUAGACGAAACGCUCGCGUCAGUCCUGUGCAGUGAGCACCCUGGGCAGCAAAAAAAGCAGGCCCGCCGCCGCAUGCCGCCGCAGUCAGUGGUGUUGAUGAUGUACAGGAUGACGUUGGAUGGGUGGACGGCAGUUGGCAUCCCCUCAUCAACCCAUCCUGAUGAUGACAGUGCCAAUGCUGCCAUCCCGUCUCGGGCCUUGUUCAUCCUGCCUCCGUCCUCCGAGUCUCAGAUCAUCCCCCGAAUCCCUCUCCUGGAGCUUGCAGCUGUCGACAUUCAAUCAGAAGCCAAAGGAAGCCUCGAUGAGUUGGUGUGGCAGCUCUUCAGUUCCCGUGUCUCGCAUCCCCUCACAAAAGUACACCCCCGUGCCUCAUUGCCUAUCCGAAAAAGGGAUCGAAUCGGGGAAAAGAAAAAGGGCAAGACAGGCGAGACAGGCUUGCUCAAGGGCCUCUGGGGCUCAAACAAGCGGUCCAAUGGUGCCAUUGUUCAUCCAUUGCAUCCUGACUGGUGGUAUUUUCCGAUGGACCACAUGGAUACGAAAAGGCCAAGCAAACCUUGCUGCACUCCUCUACGGAGUCACGGAAUACCUAAGGUAGGCAGGCUUCCCAAGGUGAUCCCAAGGAGAAUCUCUCGCACGAGUUACCCUUUAGACAUUGCUGGUGGUGGUGUCGUGCAUGUUGCGCGUUCAUGUUGCGAGUGUGUUGUUUUUCGAGAAGGGGGCAGGUUCCUGGAUUUCAUGGAUGGCAACCAGGGACAGCCUGGCCAUGUUGUUCUGGCUUGUCUGGUUCACCGUGACGACAACCCUCAGCGAGUGCUAAUUUGGGUGUCAAAGGGUGUUCGUCCAGUGGGUUGUAGUGGGGAUUGCAGGCCCGAAGGACCCGCUGGAAGCUGGGCUGAGCUGGUGACGGAGCGAGGCUGGUGUCUCACUGACGUACCUGCGCUGCCCAUGGUGAGGCAAGGCAAGUACCCGUCUCCGAUGGAUCUCUUCUCCUCAGCUUCUCCAUUUUCCAACAAGACAACAUCUGAUGCGACUAUCCGGCGGUCAGUCCCAACUCAACCAGAGUCUCUGAAGACGACAGUCAAGAGUCAAGGUACGGAAACGCUCAUCAACAACCACGACCCUUCAUAUCGUGGUGGAACUCCCCGAGGUACCUCCAAAGUACAUCUUGUCAUCUCCACAAGCCCAAGGUCCAGUCUAACUGAUCUUCCGUGGUGGAAGCCGCCCGUCUGUCCGUUCGCCCAGACUGCUCACGAACUUCUCACGGUCUCACCUCAACCACCUUGCCACGAAGCCGUCAACCUCGAUCUUGACGUGGAUCGUGACCAACAUCACAGCAGUGUCGAUGGUCGUGAACCCUUGGAGCCUGCUCCCCACAGCCACGGCCGCGCCAAAUGGCAGAUUUUUUCCCUCCUUGAGGAAACAUGCUUGGGCCCGAUGGAAGACAACCGACAGUUCAGCAUUCCAACUUCGGUCCUUUGGUCCAACGAGGUAGCCGCUACGAAGCGCGGUUGCAACAGUCGUCGGGUCUUGAACCGCGUCGCGCUACCAAUACUGAACCUCUACUAUUCACGUUGCGGCUUCUUGUUCCUGUCAUUCGUCGAGACCUGCUUUCACGAUCAUGGCCAAUUCCCACUGCAUCGUGGUCUAGGCAAGCCCGACACGAACGAAAGGGAUUGGCAAAUGGCGAGUGCUCGAUUGUUGCAACAGAUCAAGCUCGUUCGAGUACGGCCGGUGCUGCAGCUCUGCAUCUGCAUCUGCAUCGCAUCGUGGUCGACUUUGGCCUCGGGCUGCGGAUAUCUCGAUGAUCCUUCCAGCCAACCAAACUUAAAAACCUCAUCCCACACCUCAUGCAUCCACACAAACCACACCGUCCCAUCCAUCUCACGCGCGCAACUGAUGGGACGAUGGAUUACCUACACCAGAGCACCUGAACCUGACAUGCAUCAUAUCCCGACCACCAUCGUUUGGGACCCCAGCCUUGCCUUGGAAACCUCUGCUAGCGUCAGAGAUCAGAGACCAACCGCUGGUAGUUUGCAUAACACUCUCCGCAUCAUCCCCUAUUUCCCAACCCAAGACUCCCAACACCUCGAGCUCGGACGGUCAGACUAUGGACGAGCAAACGCACAGCCUUCCUCCAGAGACAGCUUUCCCCACAACAUAAUUCUGCUGCCUUGCUCCUGCGAGCGCAAGAUUUCCUACCGUCAGUGCAUUCGUGUCGCCAUAGCAGUGGACGUGGCCGUCAGCCACGGCCGUAUUGCGGAUUGUCGGUCCAAAAUCGCCCAUCUGCUUGCCUAUGGCUCGGUUGCGUCUACGAGAGCCAAUGCUUUGCGGUACGGAGUACCUUGGAGCUCCGUUCUCUUUGUUUGA